AGCCUCUCUGACUGACUGUUGUUGAACUCUACCAAGAGGAAAAGUUGGCGAAGAUGCAGUGAAACCGAGAAAACUGCCACGAACCCAGACUCCAGUUCUGUGCAGCGGCACACAGCUGUACUGUUUUACCAAGUAUGAGGAGCGUCACACCGACGGAACGGUCCAAACUGUUGUUCAGAGAUGACUGACCUGAAGGCAAAGAAGGAUUUUCAGCCCCCACUUUAAAGCCAAAUACAGUAUAUUUAUUUUUAUUUUUUUCUGUUUUCAUUCAUUGGUGUUCAUCACACAAUGAGCACACUCCAGCAGCUGGGAACGAUGUCUUUUUUGAUCAAAAAGAAGAAGUUCAAGUUUCAAGUGCACUUUACAUUGGAGGAGCUUACAGCAGUGCCUUUUGUCAAUGGAGUGCUUUUCUGCAAGAUUCGGUUGAUUGAUGGAGGGGACUUUGCCAUUUUGUCAUCCAGGGAGGAGGUGCAGCAGAACUGCGUUCGAUGGAGGAAGAAGUUCUCUUUCGUGUGUAAAAUGAGUGCUAAUCCAAUCACUGGAGUGUUGGACCCCUGCAUCUGCCGGGUCUCUGUACGUAAGGAGCUUAAAGGAGGAAAGGCCUUCUCAAAGCUAGGUUUUGCUGAUCUCAACAUUGCAGAGUUUGCUGGUUCAGGCUCUACAGUUAGAUGCUGCAUCCUGGAGGGUUAUGACACCAAAAACACUAGACAGGACAACUCUAUCCUCAAGGUAACAAUUGGGAUGACUCUUCUAUCUGGGGAUCCCUGCUUUAAAACGCCUCCCAGCACAGCCAAAUCUGUCUCCACUGGGGACGAGGACCCCACCCUGCAACUGGACUGUAAGGGUGAGAGCACUGAUUCCACAGUGCAGCCGCGAGGAGGCAUCAUGGAGGGUCCUCGCGUCUUUAAGCACAGGCAGUCAUCAGUACGUAGCUCAGGGCUUCCUGAGGAGGGAGAGAGUGUGUCCAGCCCAGAUGAUGUGUUUCACACUGGUCAUUUCCGCAGCUCCAGCUAUGCCAGCCAGCACAGCAAGAUCUCAGGCUAUAGCACAGCUCAUUCUCGCUGCUCCAGCCUGACUGACCUCAGUCACCAGAGGAACGCCUCAUCCAGCAGCAGUGUCUCCUGUGGGUUCGCCCAACCCAACCAGCUACCUCCCUCCACCCCCACCGAGCCGCACCGACAAGCAACUCCCACCAAACCAGAGAGACCUCCUCUACCCUCUGCAGCAGCCCUCAUGUCCAACAGGUCCUCCAGGAGAAAGAAGGACACUGUGCAGAGGCAGCCCAGUUGUGUGGACGACACCCGCAUUGAUGCAGAUGAUAUUGUGGAGAAGAUUGUCCAGAGUCAGAACUUUUCUGACACCAGCAACAAUGAAGACAGCAACUUGAGACUGUUUGUCAGCAAAGAUGGAACCACUGCCCUCAGUGCGACACAGAUUGUCAACAGAGGAACGCCUGGUACUUUUGAGCCGGUGGUCAUUGAGACUCACUGACAGAUACAUUAACACGUCUCCAGCCUCAUCAACUGGUUACUGAUUCUGUGACAUCGGAAUGUCUGACUGUAUGUGCAUAUUUCUCUCC